AUGAGUGGAAGUGGCAGGAAACGCACUUCUAAGUGGGAUCUGAAGGAAGUACCUCAACUUUCACCUGGGGACACGCACAAGGAUGCCUGGCCUGGGAGAUCAGUUGCAGACUAUAAAGAUGGUGGAGAAUUCUCGGAUCCCACAAUGGAAUGGGAUGAAGAUGGAAGUUACAGCACAAAAAUGUCUCCUGGUCUCGAGGACUGGAGGCAACUCAAGCAGCACCACCACUCUCGUAAAACUGGUUAUGAUAGAUCAUACAGGUUUACUUUUUUGUACUUGGCAUGCCAAUUUGUGCACAACUGA